GUGUGAGAGAAAUUGAGAUGGACAGUAAGGGUUUAGUUUAGGGUUUUCUUCUCUCUCUUCAUACUGUGAGAAAUGAGAGGAACAGAGCUUCCAUUGAAUCAAACCCAGAAGGUUCGUUUACAGAGAGCUCUCGAUAAACUUGAGUCUCUUUCUUCCAAGUCCAAUUCUAAUGCUUCCGUCACAGUCGCAGAUUCCAUUCCUGUUAACUACGAAGAUGGCGUACUCAAGGGACAUGGAACCUCAGAACUCAAUGGUGAGGUCGUUGCGACAGUUUGCGGUAUUGUGGAGCGAGUCAAUAAGCUGGUCUACGUUCGUGCUUUACGGUCCCGGUACAAACCGGAGGUUGGAGAUAUCAUAGUGGGUCGUGUUGUUGAGGUUGCUCCCAAACGUUGGAGAAUAGAGAUUAACUUUAGCCAGGACGCAGUUCUGAUGCUUUCCUCAAUGAACUUACCUGAUGGUAUCCAGAGGCGGCGUACUGCCUUAGAUGAACUCAACAUGCGCAGUAUUUUUGAAGAGAAUGAUGUCAUUUGUGCUGAGGUUCGCGGUUUUCAACAUGAUGGUUUACAUCUCCAAGCAAGAAGUCAAAAGUAUGGAAAGCUUAAAAGAGGUCAAUUGCUUACAGUACCUCCUUAUCUAGUGAAGAGAAGGAAGCAACAUUUCCAUAAUUUGGUAGACUAUGGGAUUGACUUGAUUCUUGGAUGUAAUGGAUUCAUCUGGGUAGGGGAACAUGUUGUGCCUGCAGAUGAUAUGGUGGAAGAUCAAACCGAACAACAAACCUUGAAAUCUGAUGUAACUUUGACAAGUCUCGAAGAACAAGAGCAAGUCUCUACCCCUCUUGAGAUAAGACAAUACAUUUGCAGGACAGCAAAUGCAAUCCGGGUUUUGUCUACUCUGGGUUUUAUUGUUACUGUAGAAGUUAUCAUGGAGAUAGUAGACUUGAGUUGCUCUAUGAAUGUUGAUAUUCAUCAAAUGCUUGGUUCAGAGUUUUGUGUUUUGGUUGCCGAGAAAGAGGUUGAACGACGAACCUUGACCAAAAAGAAGAGAUGAGAAAGAAUUGGUUGACAGAUCUUUAUUGCAACCGAUUUCUCUCAAUGUAAUUUUAUCUUUUGUUCUAUUUUACUAGCACCUUGAUAUUGAUUUGAAAGGUUUCCCCUUUCUCUUUUAUACUUGCAUUAUCAAAGUUUUGUUUCCUGACGAAUUAUUAGAAGGAAAUGAGUUGGGAAUGGAGAAAAAAAAGGAUAGAUGUUCCAGCUUUUUACUGUCAAA